GAAGAGGGAAGCAGCCAGGGCCCUGCAUUGGGGGUGUCUCUUGUGCUUCACGGGGAACGUCCUGCUCGCUCGGGUGGCCGAGAGAUGGAUGCUACUGGAGAAACUUCGUCUGGUUUAUUUCAAGAUCGGGAUGUUAAACUCCCUGGUAUGUCUGAGGAGGAUGUUGAAGAGCUAAAGGCUGCCAUUGAAACAGGGAACCUUUCAGAAGCAGCUCAAAAAGCACAGGAGGCCCUGGAGCUGUCAAAAAACACUGAGCUCAACAUCGCCAUCACGGGGGAGUCGGGAUCUGGGAAAUCGUCCUUCGUCAACGCCAUGCUGGGUUUAGCCGACGAUGAUGAAGGAGCAGCAGAGGUUGGCAUCACAGAAAUGACAACAGAGCCAACCGCUUAUCUGCAUCCCAUGCUCUCCAAUGUGAAGAUGUGGGACCUACCUGGGAUCGGGACUCCAACUUUCCGGCCUGACUCCUACCUUCAGCAGGUCAGCUUUGCUCGCUAUGACUUCUUCAUCAUUGUCACUUCAAAGCGCUUCAGAUCCUGUAAUGCAGACCUGGCCCAGGAGAUCCAGAAGAUGGGGAAGAAGUUCUACUUCGUGCGCGCCAAAGUGGACGAGGACUUGCGUAACGAAAGGAGAAAAAGAAACUUCGACCGGGAGAGCACCUUACAGACAAUCCGAGACGACUGUGUGGAUAGGCUGAGGAGAGAAGGGGUAAAUUCCCCACAGGUUUUCCUCAUUUCCAGGUGGGAAUUCGACCAAUACGAUUUUCCUCAACUGCAGGAAACUCUGGCCAACGAACUGGCCUCUCACAAGCGACACGUUUUCCUCCUGGCGCUUCCCAACAUCUCAAGGCCAAUCCUGGAUAUGAAAAAAGAAGCCCUGAAGAGGGAGAUCUGGAAACGAGCCCUGAAGUCAUGCGCCAUCGCAGCUGUUCCCAUUCCCCACCUCUCCGUCUCAUGUGAUGUUGACAUCCUGGUGGAAUCCAUGACCGAGUACUGCAAAGUCUUCGGUUUGGAUGAAGAAUCCCUCAUUAAACUCUCCAAACAGGUCAGGAAACCCGUGUCUCAGUUGAAGGAUGUGAUAAAGACCCCAUUGGCCAAGGAAAUAUCAGGAGAAGAUGCUUUGGAGCUGCUGAGCAAGGUUACAGGUACAAUAUGUUCAUUCUUCAAUGCUCCCUUCCCUUUUCGUAUUCCCGGGUUCAGCCUAUGCGAGGUGAUUGGUGAUUCCAUGAUAAAUAUUAAAAAGUACAUAAGCCUCGUGCCAGUCUAUGGAACCCUCCUAGCUGCAGAGAUCUCAUUCCAAGCUACAUACAACGCCCUGCAUUCCUUUCUGGAAGGCGUUGCUGAGGAUGCCAACCGGGUGCUCACCGAGGCUCUGGAGGUAGCAGAGAAAAAGUCCGUUUAGUGGCACCGGGGAGGAUGGCGUUGCAGUCAGAGUGUUGGAGUGUGACUCAGGAGACCUGCCUCCACCACAGCCUGCCUGUGGGACCUUCAUCACGUCUAGUCAUCUCUGUGCCUCAGUUUCCCCACCUAUAACAUGGAGAGAAUAAUCCUUUGUCUAUUUAGACUGUAAGCUCAUUGGGGGCAGAAACUGUGUCUCCCUCUGUGUCUGUGCAACGCCCGGCAUAACGGGGCCCUGAUCUGGGUUGGGGGUUGUAGAGAGAUGUUUGUUGAAGAUCAGAAUUUAGAGACGCUCCCACAUAAUGAACUGUAUUAUGAAUGCAGGAAUUUAGUGAUGUGCCCUGGAAGCUGGGUUGAGAACUCAGUACAGCUGUGCACAGCAGUUCAAAAACAAACGAGAAGCUCUUUAGUUUGUUUUAUUAAAGUUGUAUUCCUGUGUGUCACAGACGCACAGGACUCGUGCUCUCUUGGCUUCGUACGAUCCCUGGGGGGAACCCCCUUCAGUGUGACAGCCCUACUCAGGGGUCCACUCUCUCUCAGGGGUAAAGCCCUGGACUCCAGCGCCUCCUGGAACCGCACCUCUCUGAGCCUUCAGCAAACCUGGUUCUGCCGUGGGCUCCCUCAGGGAGUCCCCUCGCUCUGGGCCCCCGGGGCCUCCACUCCCAGAGGGAAUAAUGCCACCCUGUUCUCUAGCCCGGAGCGACUCUCAGCUAGCGUAACACAGGAGGUUUAUUGAGCAUUUGAACUCAGCACAGGAAACUCUCAGGGCCACAGGCCUGGCCUCCCUCAGCACCAUACAUCUAGAUCUGUCCUGCCUCCAGGUGGGCUCUGCCUGCUCUCUCCUCCUAGCCCAGAAAACCCUCCUUCCAGCUGGGCAUCCGAUAUCACCGUCCCCCAAGCCCCGCCUCUGUCCUUUGUCUUCUGUCCCAGGUAAAAGGCCUCCUGGGUCUCCUCUCCUCUCAUCCAUCCUUUGUUCCCCACUGGCUGAAACCGGCUGGUCAGGUCACCAGGGUCCUCUCCCUGCAGCCCAUUGUCCUCCCACAUGGACCGAACCAACUGUGACUCAAUAGAGCAAUAUGUUACAUGGCUUUUCCUUCACCCUCCCACUUCCCUGCAUAGGCGCCAACUUUCUUUGGUGCCGGUGGGUGCUC